AUUUAAUUUUGAACAAACGAUACACCUUUACUCUCCCGUGCAUUGAUUUUCAAUGACUGGCACGUUAUUCUACUAUAUCACGAUCUGAAGAAAUCUCCAAGUAUUCUUUCUCAUUAGCCAUGGCUCGAUUAGAAACAAGCUUACCUAGCAUAUUUGCCGUGGACUUCCAAGAUGCCGGACCUAUAUUGAUCGCUAUAGCGGUAGUCUUAGUAUCUUACCUAUUAUUUAUUGUUACAUGCAACACAGAUAUUCCAUAUAUCAGGGGGAUACCAGAGAUCCCUGGCGCAAUCCCAAUAUUCGGCCACCUUCUCAAGCUUGGUGGCGACCAUGCCAGCGUCUGCGAGAAGUGGUGGCGUCAGUACAACUACUCCGUAUUCCAGAUUAGACUAGGGAACACUCGAGCCGUAGUUGUUAAUUCGUUCGAUGAUUGUAGGAAGAUGCUAGUUGGCCACCAAAACGCGGUUAUCGACAGGCCAAAGCUUUAUACAUUCCAUGGGCUCAUCAGUAGCACCCAGGGUUUCACGAUCGGCUCCUCGCCUUGGGAUGAUAGCUGUAAUAGGAAGCGCAAAGCUGCGGGAACAGCACUAAGUAGGCCUGCCCUGAGAAGAUAUCAUCCCAUGUUUGACUUAGAGAGCUAUUGUAUCAUAAGGGAUCUAUGUAAGGACAGCCGUAACGGAGAGACCGAGAUCAGCGUGCGACCCUAUGUUCAAAGAUAUGCGCUCAACACGACGUUAACCCUCUGCUACGGGAUUCGCAUGGACGCCGUCUACGAUGACCUUCUACGCGAAAUCCUCCACGUUGGCUCGGCCAUCUCGCUCCUACGCAGCGCAUCGGAAAACAUGCAAGACUACGUGCCUAUCUUGAGAUAUUUCCCUAAUAACGAGAAGAAUGCUCGCUCCAAGGAACUACGAGAACGGCGGGAUGCGUACCUUAAGCUUCUUCUAGACAAGGUUCGAGAAAUGAUAAAGCAAGGCACAGAUAAACCUUGCAUCUCUGCUGCUAUCUUGAAGGACGAAGAAACGAAGCUUACCGGAGUGGAGGUAUCAUCAAUUUGUCUGUCGUUAGUCUCAGGCGGCUUCGAAACAAUUCCCGGAACCCUAACUUCUGCCAUCGGAUCCCUAUCAACCAAGGAAGGACAGGUUUGGCAAGCCCGCGCUUAUGAAGAUAUUAAGCGAUGCUAUCCAGACAUCCGGGAUGCAUGGGAAGAUUCUUACGUACAGGAGAAAGUCCCGUAUAUCAACGCCAUCGUAAAGGAGGCAGAGCGAUACUACACCGUUAGUGCUAUGAGUCUUCCGCGGAAGACAGUAACGGAGGUGAAUUGGAACGGCGCUAUUAUUCCUCCCAAGACCAUGAUCUUGAUUAAUGCCCAAGCGGGGAACCAUGAUGUCGACCACUUUGGACCGAGUGCUAGUAAAUUUGACCCUGAACGGUGGCUGCAGAGCCUUAAUCCUCCAACGGAACGUGAAUCCGCCGGCCUUAACCACCUAAGCUUUGGAGCUGGAGCUCGCGCGUGUUCCGGCCAAUACAUAGCAUCUCGACUGCUGUAUACUGCUUUAAUCCGCCUUAUUUCGUGCUAUAAAAUCAUAGCGAGCGAGACCGAGCCCCCUAAUACGGACUAUGUGGACUACAACGCUAUAAAAUCGGCACUGGUUGCAAUUCCUCGGGAUUUCAAGGUCAAGCUUGUCCCCAGGGACGCUGCUAUCGCAAAAGACUGUUUAAGUGCCGCGGACCGGAGAACCGAGGGGUAUUAUAAGGGGUAAUGUGGCUGAUAUGUCUGACAGGUCUUAUUAACAAUUCCCUAUAUCUCAAAAUAAUCCCACACACCAUACCCCCGACCCCGACGCUCUAGCCAGGGCCAGAGGUACGCCACAUUGUAGAAAAUGAGGGAAGAUGAGUUUCAAAUGUAUGGCUGACGUGAUAUAAGAGCUAACUGGUUUCUGUUGGUUGAAGGAUCCGCAAUUAAUGCAUGCAAGUAAAAGGCGGUUGAGACGGGCAGAAUUGAUAUCAGGUCCUAACAGGUAUAUAUAUUUCAGCUGGUACCUAAUAUAUACG